AUGGAACCUAAAAGGGAGAGAAAAUCGGCAUCACCCUUCAAUAUCACCAUCAUUCAAGCCUACGCUCCUACAUCAACAUAUGACGAUGAGGCAGUAGAAGAGUUUUAUGAUCAAUUACAGGAAGUGGUCAAUAAGGUCCCGAAAAAGGACAUCCUUGUUGUACAAGGAGACUGGAAUGCCAAAGUAGGAAGUGACUCCUAUCAAACCUGGAAAGGCACUUGUGGAAAAUACAGUAACCUCUCAACCAAUGAACGAGGUCGAAGACUGUUAGAAUUUGCGAAAUACAACAAUCUCUUACUGGCUAACACACUAGGAUGCCACAAAAAAUCGCGUAUAACCACAUGGCACAGUCCGAACGGAGAGCACCACAACCAGAUCGACUAUAUCAUGGUGCAACAGCGUUUUAAGACAAGCAUCCAUACAGCUAAAACAAGAAGUUUUCCUGGAGCUGACAUUGGAAGCGACCAUGACCUUGUUAUGACGACCCUUAAAGUACACCUAAAAAAGGUAACAAAACAAGGACCUACCAGGAUAAAAUUUGACCUGGACAAGCUGAAAGACCCCCAAGUAGCUGCCAUAUUCGAGGCACGUAGGAGGACGCUUUGCAGCCCUCAACAUCUUGGACUCCAAUGA